UCGCCACUCUAAAGGAUCGCAGGAUGAAUUCGAAAAACGUAGCAUCCAAAGUCAAACCAGUGCUACACUGGCCCAAAUGGAUGCAUUUGAUUUCGAUCCGCGUCCAAUGUACCUUUAUACUUUUGACGAAAACUUAGUCAAUGGCACCAGCGUUUGCUGUCAGGAGUGCGCCGAAACUGACACUUAUGAGGACGCUUGCAAGAGGAGGCGCAAGAAGCGGUGUUGCCCGAAGCCACGCUGCAAGCCAAGGCCGUGCUGCAAGCCAAAGCCUCGCUGCAGGCCAUGCUGCAAGCCGAAGCCCCGCUGCAGGCCAUGCAAACGUAGGCCAGCUUGCCCCAGGCGUCGCAAGCCACGCCGCAAGCCGUGCUGCUGCCCCUCCUUCUAAAGCCACCUCUGCCAAGUCCUAUUAUCUCUGCUCAUCAAUCAAUGUGUGUGUGUGUAUAUGAAUGUUUGUGUAAAAUGGGGUCAAAUCUAGUCAUCUGGAAUCGUUUUUAACUUUUAGUUUGUGUGCGUGUUUAUCAAGGGGGUGCAAAAUAAA